AUGGCGGAUAUGUCAACACAAGAGGCAGGGCCCGUCCUCGCAGACGAUCUCAUGCGGGAUCGCGCGAGGCGGUUUGUAGAGUUCCUGGAGGACGAUACCAAUGCCAACUAUAAUUACAAAGAGUCUAUCAGGCGGAUGUUGGACGUGGAGCAGGUCCGGCUGAUUGUCAAUAUCGAUGAUCUUCGGGACUAUGAGCGAGCUUAUGCGGAUGGACUGCUGCUGGAGCCAAUGUCAUACCUCCCCGCCUUUGACUCGGCACUCAAGUCUAUGGUGGACACGAUAUAUGAUCCCAUCAAGCACAAUAUCGCCGACAGCCAAUUCUACAUCGGCCUCCGCGGUUCAUUCGGCCAACAACACUGCUCUCCGCGCACGCUCCGCUCCCACCAAAUCGGCAAGAUGGUCUCCCUCGAAGGCAUCGUCACGCGGUGCUCCCUCGUCCGCCCCAAAAUGCUCAAAUCAAUCCACUACUGCGCCGGCUCGCAAAAGUUCCACUCGCGGUCCUACCAAGACUCGACCGUCGUUGCGCCCUCGGCGAUGAUGACGGGGUCCACGACGGUUAUCCCGCAGGAUGACGGCGAGGGCCGGCCGCUCAUCAUGGAGUACGGAUUGUCGACGUUCCGCGAUCACCAGACGGUAUCUAUACAAGAGAUGCCGGAGCGUGCGCCUGCUGGUCAGUUGCCGCGCGGGGUAGAGGUGGUAUUGGCGGAUGAUCUGGUAGAUUGGUGUAAGCCGGGAGAUCGGAUACAGUUGGUUGGGGUGUACAAGUCUAGUGGGGGUGGGCAAGGGUCUAGGGGGUUCCAAACAACCAUCAUCGCCAACAACGUCAUCCUCCUCUCGUCCAAAGCCAACGGCGGGAUCCAACAGACACCCCUAACCGAUUCCGACAUCCGGAAUAUCAACAAGCUCUCGAAGCGCCGAAACAUCUUUGACCUCCUCUCCCAAUCGCUCGCGCCGUCCAUCUACGGCUCGGACUACAUCAAGCAGGCCAUCCUUCUCUUGCUACUGGGCGGAGAGGAGAAGAACCUCAAGAAUGGGGCACAUAUCCGAGGAGAUAUCAACGUCUUGAUGGUCGGAGACCCGAGUACCGCCAAGAGUCAAAUGCUGCGGUUCGUGCUCAAUACGGCGCCACUGGCUAUCGCCACGACUGGGCGGGGGAGCUCGGGCGUGGGUCUGACGGCGGCGGUGACGACGGAUAAGGAUACCGGAGAAAGGAGAUUGGAAGCUGGCGCGAUGGUACUAGCCGACCGAGGCGUGGUGUGCAUUGACGAAUUCGACAAGAUGUCGGAUGUCGACCGAGUCGCUAUCCACGAAGUCAUGGAGCAGCAGACGGUGACGAUUGCCAAGGCGGGUAUACAUACUUCGUUGAAUGCGAGGUGUUCUGUGAUUGCUGCUGCGAAUCCGAUAUACGGACAGUACGACGUCCACAAAGACCCACACCGGAACAUUGCCCUCCCCGACUCGCUCCUCUCGCGUUUCGAUCUCUUGUUUGUGGUCACGGACGAUACGGACGAGCAGAGGGACCGGAUGAUCUCGGAGCAUGUGUUGAGGAUGCACCGAUACAUCCAGCCUGGAGUAGAGGAGGGCACACCCGUCAACGAAAACGUCAGCGAAGCGCUCGCGAUCGGCCAAGACCCCGUCCCCGCCGGCGGGGAGAACGAAACCCCCGUAUUCGAAAAGUUCAACCCCCUCCUCCAUGGCGGCAUGACGACUGCGUCUGGCCGGUCUUCGAGCAACAAGCGGAAAGAGGUGCUCAGUAUGGCAUUCAUCAAGAAGUAUAUCCAGUAUGCCAAGAAUCGGUGUCACCCUGUGUUGACCAAGGGGGCGGCGGAUUAUAUUGUGGGGGUUUAUAGUGGGUUGCGGAAUGAUGAUCUCGCGGGAAACCAGAAGCGGACAAGUCCCCUCACUGCACGUACCCUCGAAACCCUCAUUCGACUCUCUACAGCGCAUGCCAAAUCCCGCCUCUCGCCCAAAGUCGACGAACGGGACGCGAUGGCCGCGGAAGAGAUCCUCCGAUUCGCGCUCUUCAAGGAGGUCCUGCGCGCCGAACGCCGCAAGCGGCGGAAGCUCAACAAUGGGGUUCCGGAAGAGGAGGUGCCUGAAGAAGAGCAGGUGGAGGCUGUUACGAAGGGAGAGAGGGAGCGUGCCAAGGCGAAAGCGAGGCGGCUGGAACGGGAGGAAGAGGAGGAGGCGGAGGCUUUGAGAGCCGGUAGGCAGGCGAGUGCGGGUGCGGCUGGAGGUGCAAGAGUGGGGGAACAAGCGAGUGGGGGGCCCAGCGCUGCCGCGCCGAGGCAAGCGGCUGGGGAUGAUGAGGAUGAGGAUAUGGAUGGGGCGGAGGCGUCGCUGGGUGUGGAUAUUACCGACGAGAGACUGGACCUGUUCCGGGCCCGCCUCGACGCAGUCUUCACGACGCAUCUCGACGCGCAGGGCAUGAUUGAGUUCUCCGAGCUCUUGCCGAUGAUCAAUGAGGGGAUGGAGACGUCUGCUUUGUUUGGGAGCUCCGAGGCGAGGACGGCGAUUGAGCGGAUGGGCGAGGGGAAUGAGGUGAUGUUUGCGGAGGAUGUGGUGUACAAGGUGUAA